AUGUUUUCAAAAAGACUGCUUCAUAGUCUGCUAACGCCUCGUCGCCUGUCUUUGUGGCUCUUGGUGACUGGCACGCUGUUCAUCUUUUACCGACUGUCGAUAGCUCGCGGAGCGCAAGACCCUGACGAUGCCACCCCUCGUUUCCUUUACCGCUCUCCCUUCCGCGAUGACCCCGAUUUCGCGUACGAGAAAAGCUUGUCACUUGCUCUGCAGGGAAUUGAACAGACCGUACUCUCAGAGAACGACGGAAACAACCUAGCAGAAAACAUAAUUUGGCAAAUCGCAAAAGAUGAUGAGCAUCGAGGGUCGGAUUCGCUAUCUUUGGAGCAAGAGAAUAAAGGCUGGAAAUACUCGGUGAUGACGGACGACAAAGCCAUGGAAUUUGUCACCAAAGUAUUGUCAGCCGUGCCCGAUAUCGCCGAAGCCUACACGUCCUACCCUUACUACGUGCUCCGUACCGACCUACUUCGAUAUCUCUUGAUAUGGUAUUAUGGUGGCUUUUACGCAGAUAUGGAUGUUUACCCUGCGCGACCAAUCAAUUCCUGUCCAGAUUUGCUGCCCAUCUUGGCUGACGAUGGGUUAACAAAAUCCAACAUCUCUCUUGUGGUCGGUGUCGAGCUCGAUGAGCCUUUUGCAACCCCUCGUAUUAUGAGAAUGUGGAAAUGGACUAGGAGAUAUGGAUUCAUGCAGUACACAAUGUAUGCCCCACGGCGUUUCAGUCCCAUUGUCCGAGAAAUCAUUACCCGCUCUAUAGCGCAUACCAAACAGCACAACGAGCGACACAAAAGCAUACUCUUCGGACGUCCCAGGUACAGCCAGGACACAAUUUUGGGAGUGACAGGGCCUGAUGUGGUGACCGACGCUGUUCUAGACGUCCUAUCAGCAACACUCCCCCCCACACACAAUCUGGUUAAUAUAUCGAUGGAAUCAAAUACAGGAAUUGACGGCCUUACUUCCGAAACUACUGGUGAAAUAGAGAGGCGGGUUACCUGGGCGCCAUUUCAUCGGUUGCGACAUUCGCUCUGCGUCGAUGGUCGGGAGGCCACGGUGGAGACUUCCAUGGGAGGGCUUUGUGUCUUGCCGGUCAAUGCCUGGGGUAAUGGACAAAGGCAUAGUGGCUCAGAACCAUUUAACAGCCCGCACGCGUGUAUAAACCAUCGAUUUGGUGGAUCAUGGAAGAAGGGAUGGUGGCGGAGAAUAUUCGGCUAG